CUUAUGUUACAAAAGCGGCGGUCUCGUUUAAUAGCACACAAUUCGCCUCAAGUGGCGGUCUUGUCAAUUUCUCUAUAAAUGCAAUGUGUAUGUUCGAGCUAUUAGCGGGACAAUGUCAUUAGAUGGACGUGGAUACUUAAAAUAAACUUUGCAGUUUUUAAGGGUCCUUUUUAGAAAACUCUUGGCUCCGAAAACACAUAUGUUAUUGAAUAUUGGGAUGUGGCUGAUAAAACAAUAUGGCGAGUCUAUCCGCUGUGUUUACUGAGACAGAAAGAACGAACUGGCUGAAGGCGUGGCUGGCCAUUGACAUUGCUAAGUUUGGUUUAGAGCAGUUCGUGGAGAACGAGGCAAAAACUGUACACACCAAUAUAUACAACAAUGUAUGGUCAAGUAUUCAAUCGCAAGCCACCUGUAUAGGCUGUACUACUGCAAACUUGCUGAAAUGCCCAACACAAGGCGUAUGCAAUAAACGAGGACCACAGAGUACAUGCAAAUCUAUGCAUGAUAACGCGGCAAAACAACCACGACAGUGUCCUGCUAAUGUGUGUAAUAAAGUUCAUGACGAAAUUGUAAAGCAUCAUACGUUUAACAAACCGUCAUGGAAAAAUACAAUGGCGGAACAAUGGACAACAAAUCCAUGGCAAAUAGCCAAAGCGUAUUUGCCUCCAGACGGAUAUACUGGAAAGUGUUCAGUCCAAGAUACAGACUUCAACGGAAUCAUCAGUUUUAUGAUGAACUGCAAACACUUCGACAACAAGUUUUCUUUUCCAAUUUCUACCGGAAAACACAGUCCUCCGUGUCUACUGACUAUGGCGCGAGAUAUUGGUAGAACUGUCCGUCACUCGUCCCAGUGUAAAGUCACAGACCCAGAUCUCCAGGGCGUCUUCACAACACUGACUAACCUGCUUAGUGACCAAACGAGUCUUGCACAUGACGUCAAUGCUCUGGAGGCUGUGAAAAAAUUAGCAGAGCUGCAAAAGGACACCUUAAAGAUAACCACAGAGAAAAUGAUUCAUGUACUAAAGGCUGCUCAAGAUACACUUCAGAAAGUUCAAAACAUAGCUGAUAAAUCUCUGGAUGAGAUGCAGGUGUACCUUGAACAGUGUAAAACGGAUCUAAAUUCACACAUAGACAUGUGUAAACAGAAACUUGAUGACCAUACCGCCAAAUGUACAACUGAUAUAGAUGAACAUGCCAUCAAGACUUUGGAAUCGACCUAUGAGCAAUCUAGUAAAGAUUUUCGCGGACAUUUAAUUGAGUUGUAUACGGCGGAGAUGAAGACUGUGUCUGUUUUGCCGCUAUGGCUGGGUCUUGACAAACCCAUCUUUGACAUUUUUGUGCAACCGAAAUUCAGUCUUUACAAUAUUGAGAAAGAUGGAUCUCGAAAUAAAACAAACAAAGCGAUUAACCAAUACAAGGAUUUCUUUUACAAUGAUAUAAAGCACAAACGUGUGUUUGUUCAAGGAGACCCCGGAAUAGGAAAGUCUACAUUCCUAACUAAACUUGUGAUUGACUGGUGCAACGCAGUUUCUUGUUGCAAUCCUGAUAACAAGGCAACAUUUAGCGAUGCUGAUACUUUGAAGGACUUUCAAUUUCUGUUCCACAUUUCACUACGGGAUGCCAUGGGUCAGCGUGAGGUUGUAGAAAUGAUCAAAACACAAAUAAUUGACAACAUUUACACGGGUGCUAAACAAACGAAAGCAUUUGAACUUUUACACCAAAUCCUUGAACGAGAGACUUGCCUCGUAACUAUGGAUGGACUUAACGAGUGGACUGAUCAUUUGAAUCAGCACGUUGUACCUAGAAUACCAAGCUCUCAUACAAACUGCGUUUCGCUAAUAACAACACGACCAUGGAAAAUGGCGGACGAGCGGAUCAAAGUUUCUGUUAUUGACAGACUGCUAGAAAUUGAAGGCAUAACAGAUUCAGAAAAGCUUACAAAGCAAUUAGUAGUCAGUCUUCAGACUGGUAAUAAAAUGACACACACUGAUUUUAUGACGUACGUUAACGAACAUCACUUUAUGCAUUUUUUUACGUCGCCCUGGCUGCAGGAGUUGAUAGUCAAUGUAUGGAUGAGCAAAACGGAUGUUAAGGGUUCAUUGUGUGAAACAAAUUGUAUUCUGCUAGACCUACUUUUUAAGAAGGCAAAUGCGACAGAGGGAUCUUUUAAAAACGGUUUUGCCUCAAGGCUGGUGUCUUAA